AUGGACAGCGAAAGCGAGAACGAACAAGGGAAGGAACGUGCGAAGGAGGAGGUGAACAACAUGAAGGAGGUACAGGAAUUUGUGUUCUUCAAAAAGGGGAAGGUAAAGAGGGAGCAUAUAGAGCUAGUUAAAAGUAACAUAGAGGAUAUUUUGAACGGAGAUAAUGAGGGUCUGUUUGGGUUGCUUAAUUUGUUGUUUUUCAUGAAGGAUGCUAAUUAUGUAAAGAACAAUUUAUGCAUUUGCCUGCACCAGUUAUCCAGAGCAUUGAAUGAAAUAAAUGUGGAGGAUGUGAAAAAGAAGGUUUUUAAAUAUAUAGUGAAAAAGUUAGAAUGCGGGAAAUACAGUUAUUUCGAUAGAGCCCUUUUUUGUAAGAAAUUUCUAUCAUUCUGUUCAGCUUAUGAAGAUAUAUCAUCAGAAUUGAGGAAUGUAGAAUGCUUCCAUGAUUUAUUUGUAAAUUGUUUAUCGUUUUUAGAUAGCCUCUUCUACAGUAAUGAUAAGUUGAGCGAGCUGAGCCACAAAUUUCGUAUGGUAAAGAAGGGGGCCAUCAAAAAGUUAAUGGUAAUUUUUUCAAACAUAUGUAAUAUAAAUAAAAAUGAAAAGGGUGAGAAGAAAGAGUGGAAGAAGGCUACUGAUAUGAUGGGAGGGGAAGAGUUGGAUUACAUACUAAAUAUGUACGCGAAGGAGAAAUAUUUUUUCUAUCUAAUUGUAGAAUCAUUUGGUCUAUUUUUAUGUAAAAAUAGUGAAAAGAACAUUUUGGAUAGAAAAAAAUAUGUAGACAGAUUUACCAACAAUUUUAUUAAUCUUUUAAAUUCAAACAAGGAAAUUUUACUAAAAAUUAAUAGAUCAUUUAAGUACAUUUUUCAAAAUGGAAAAGAUGAUAAAAUAUUCCAGAGCAUCCUCAAUCAUAUUCAUAGGUAUGAUGAAGUGGCCUUAAUCAAUUCGUCUCCUUUUUAUUAUUACUGUGAAAUAUACACCAAGGAACACUUUUACACUUUAUUAGAAAUAAUAAUAAACAUGAAGAAAAAUAAAGAUGUAAAGAAUUGUAACAUUCUAUAUUUUAUACUGUUUUAUAAAUUUCACAUAAAUAAUGAGAAUGACUCCGUUUUGAAAAUGCUAAUUGAAAGAAACGAAAAAUUAAAUAUUGUGAAAUUCGACGAGAAAAUCACAUUUUUAAAAACCGCCACGUAUUUACUUUCUACUAAUAGAAGCAAAGAAAUAAAGGAUAUUGUUCUGGCCAACAGAAAUAUGAUAACGAAUUAUCUAAAGAAGGAUUUAAAUGAAGAUGUCAAAUUGGAGUGUCUAAUAUUUUUGCGAAAUUUCGGCAGUAUUCUAAAAAAUGAUAAAGAUGUGUAUAAAACGUUUUCACCACUAGUUUUAGAAAUUUUGGAAAAAUAUGGAAAGAAUAACGACAAGUUUUUGCACUACUGCUUGUUGUUUUUUAUCGAUUUGGUGGAUUCCAUCGAGGUUAAUGAAAAGCUGAUUUCCACUUUUAAGGCUCACUUAAAUUUUUGCUUAACGAAGCAAAUUUUAAAAUAUAUUUACGGGACCAACUUAUUCUUGCUCCUGUACAUAAAGAAUAAACACUCCUCCAGUGGUGUCACCAUUAACAACCACAUUAAUGAAAUUUUGUUGAAAAGUUUGUACAACCAAAGUGAACUUUUCUACCUGUAUGAUAUAAUUGAGUUGAAGAAAAUUCCUCCUAACAAAUUCUUCUUUUAUGUUUAUUCGUUUGUGCUGCUUCUGCACUUCCUUCUGCAAGAGGAUAAGAAGACACUAUCAGAUUAUGUAAAUGAGAUGAUGAAAGAUUUUCCCACUUUUAUUUACUUUGACCAGUUGGCCAAGUCGCACGUAUUGCCCGUGUUAUUGGGGGAGAAGAACACGAAAGCCGAGGAAGAAAAAAAGAAGAAGGCUCCUGCAAUUGCUCUACACGAGAGUAAAAAGGAAUUAAUGAAAAAGGAUAAUCCCAAAAAUAAGAGGGACCAUAUGCAUAUGUUGAUGCUUAUGACUGUGCUGUGUUUGUUGCACUACUUGGAGGGGAAGAAAUUCGACAAAAACGAAUACAGAAAGAAGAAUGAAAAAAAAUUCCACACCUAUUUAUUGAGCUUAAAAAGGGGAGGAAUUAUUAACGAAGAAAACUGUGAGUACCAAAGUUAUGUGGACGACUUUGACAUGCUUUUGGACAUUUUACUUAUGCAGAAGGAAGUGUAUCAAGUACUGUUACACUCGUUCUAUGUGUACCUUUACCUAUAUUGGAACAGUGGCCCUCGAUUUAGAUACGACAAUGGGUACGUUCUGAGGCGGUUUGUAUUUAUUCUCUUGUCAUAUAUGGACAAAAUAGAAUUGGAACCAACGGAAAAGAACAGUUGUUACUUCCUCUUGUUGCUAUGCUUAUGUCAUCCGUGCAUAUUUUAUAAAAACCUGAGGAGCUCUGUAAGUAGGAGAAGAAUGAAGAAGUAUAUAUGUGGCAGAAUAUUGAGCCACGUGAACCUAGAUACGGUUAUAGCUUUUAUCCUGAAAGGUUCUGAUUACUACAAUAAUGAGUUGCACAAGAGUGUGUGCUUACAUUUGAUCGAGGUGUUUUACAUUUGGGAAAUUUCACCAUCGUGGGAGAAGAGGCAUGUUACAGAAGGGGGCGAGGUAGAGGAAGAAAAUGUUUCCAUUUUGACAAAUAGGACAGAUAGCGCAAUUGUUGGAGAUACACUUGAUAAGGAGAAAGGGAAAAAAAAAUACAAAAGGGUAAAAUUCGCAUUUGGUGAUGAGUCGAAUUGUGAGAAGAACUAUUCAGAGAUGAUGAAUGGGGAUGAUGGACGAAACUUGGUAAGGUUACACGAUCAUGAAGUUAAAAGGAAACUAACUGAUUUUACGAGCAAAUUGAUCGACAUGCUAGAUGAUAGUAGCAUACAGAAUGUGAAGGAGGAGGAAAUCGAAAUUUGCAAAUGCCCAUUUAACUCGCUGUACGUGGAUAAGAAUGUGUACCAGCCAACCGUCGUUGUUGAGAGCAAAAAUGUGAAGAGAAAUAAGCAUCUGUUCUCUAUGUAUGAUGAAGAAACUGCGGAAAUGAUCAUGAAGGAAGAGCUGAACAAGAGCAAAAAGACUACCGCCAACAGUAGUACAAGCCCAACGAAAGAUAAAAAAGGAAAUAAAAGCAAAGAGCUAACGAAGGAAGACCUAGAAAUGGAAGAAAUAAAGAAACAAAACGAGAUCAGAAUAAAAGUACAGGGAAUAGUGGAACGAAAUAAAUAUAUCCUGCAGUGUAUUAAAAAAAUGAGUUACAUUGAUGAUAUUUACGACACCAAGUAUAUAAAUCUCUUUAUUAAAAAAAUUAUGGCAUUUUUGAAAAACGAUUUAACUAGCAGAUAUUCACAGGCCUAUUUGAAUAAAAUAAUUCAGAACAUGAUAAGCACAAAAUUGUUAACCUGCAAAAAUAAAAUAACCAGAUGUUUAUACAAAAUAAGUAAGUAUAACAAGGCAGACGAAUCAGCAAUUAUCAUUUUCAGCUCUUUUAAUAUGAAUCAAAAGAUAUCCUACGUAUUGACGUUAUUUUUAUUCCCUAUAGUACUACACAGUAUUAACAUAAUAAAUGAUAAGGAUGCAACUUUGAAUAUUAUGAAGACGUUGGAAAUUCUGCUUCAUUCAAAAACAAAAAUUAAUGAUGAAGAUGCACUCAAGUGUUUACAAAUUUCGUUUGAGAAGUAUCCUGAUCUGGACAUUGAAUUGGAGUCCUUCCUUGAUAACUUCAAUUCGUAUUUGCUAAGUGAAAAAAAUGUAAAGGCUCUCCUCGAGCUCUGCGUAACAGACAAUGAAAAACGUAGGAAUGUUAUCAUUAAAUCCUUGUACAAAUUUGUAAAGAAUGAAGAUAUCAAAGGGGAUAAAGACUCAUUGGACACCAUUUUUAAAAGCGAAUUUAUACACCUACAUAUGAAUAUUUUCUUGAAUGAUUACAACGAAGAGACGCAAGAAUGUUGCGAAGAAAUAAUUCGUACAUUGGGAAUUGCUCCCGUGUCAGAUCAGUACAAGCUAAUAGAUUUGCUACAGAAAGAGUGCAGCGAUUUUCAAAAUAUGAUCUGUAAGGCUAUCGUGGGGUCAACGGAUAGGAAAAAAACGAAGGAACUACUCUUACAACUAACAUCCAAAUAUAUAACGUUUAAGGAGUAUGGAAAAAUUGGUAUAUUGAAAACGAUGGAAGAGUUGGCCAAGGAAUAUUAUGUUAUCCUUAUCGACGAUGUAGAAUUUAUUUUAAAUUUUCUGUUAGGCUUAUGUUUGGAAGAAAAAAAAGACAUUUCGAAAAUUAAGGAGUUUGUCAUUACGUGCGGUUCCUCCGUGAUUAACUUGUAUAAUGAGUAUUUGAUUAAGAGUAAAAGGAAGGCAACGAAAAAGAAGGCGAACAGAAAAGGUCCAAAGAGUGGAACAAGCAAGAACGGCAAGGGGAAGAAGAAGUUCUCAAGUGGAAAACACCAGUUGGAGGAAUCAGAGGAGGAAAGCUAUUCAGAGGAAGAUGAAGAUUUUAAAUAUUACUCCUCAGACGGAUCUGCGUCAUCUACAGAGGUCAGCAAGAGGGGAAAUUCGAAGAAGGAAAAUAAAGAGCUUGAAGAAGCUUUCCAGAGAAUUUACAAAGUUCUGAACAAAUAUCGCGACAACAAAAAGAGCAACAACAAAAGUGUGGUCGACUUGGUCGUUGUGAUGUUUUAUGGGUGCUUAGGAGCUAACUUGAAAAAGGAAUCCCUUGAGCUGUUAAACAAGCUAAUAGAACAAAUUUUGCACAAGGACACGGACAAUUUUACCCAGAUAGAGAUAAGUGGCAUAAUUCCUAAAUUUAUAGAAAAUUUAAAAAGCGAUAAGGAGGAUUUCGAUGAUGAGUACGAAGAAGAGGAGCUUGAGGAAUUCGAUCAGAUGAAUCCAAACAUGGCAAAGUCAGUAACUAGCAGGAUGAGCAAUUCUAAUAAGAAAAAAACAGUCACCUUUUACAUCGACGGGAAGUUACACAGCUCUCCUAAAGGGGCAAAAGGAGGAGGAGGCACUGUAGCAAUGGCUGAUGACAAAAAGGGUGGAAAUGUAGUGGCACCUGGUGAAGGAAAAGAAAACGAAAGUGAAACGCAACCUGCGGGAGGAAAAAAAGGAAAGAAGAAAAAUAAGGGGGACAAAGGAAACAACAAAGGUAGUAGCAGUAGUAGUAAUACCCUUACUUGUAGUGCCCAAACAGAUGGACUUAUUUACCUGGAAAAUUACGACGUAGGAAUAUUGGUAGAAAAGAUAUUUUCCAUAGUUCAAAGUCACAAAGAUUUGAAAGUGAGGAAAGGGUGCUGUCUACUCUUAGGAAGUGUUGUAAAAGCACACGGAAUGCAUAUACUGAAGAGGUUCAACAUUUUAGGAAAAGUAAAUUGCAAUAUAUAUUCAGAAGAUAUAAUUAAGAGGCAAAGUUUUUACCUUAUGUAUGGAUAUUUAUUUAAAGUGUUGAAGAUAAAAUUCGAGCCCUAUAUUUUAAAGAACUUCAAAUUGCUGCUAGAAUGUUACAAGGAUAAUGUAAAUAAUAUAAAGGUCCUUGGAGUAAGUGUCAUUGAGGAAAUUUUAAAUGUGUUAGGUCAAUAUGGAUUGAAGAAAAUUUUACCCUUUAUAAUUUUCAGCUUAAAAAAUUCUAGCAUUAGAAAUAAAGAUGUGGUGUCAUAUUUGGAUACGCUACAUUUAAUCAUUUGCAAAUUCGACAUUAUCUGUUAUGUGGACAAUCCGACGCUGGUUAAUUUGGUGAACUUACUAUGCGAGUUAGUAUCCGAAACUAAUUCCAAAGUUAGGGAAAUAUGCAUAAGGAUUUUUAACAAGUUGGAGAAGAUGAUACAGAAUGUUGAAAUGAAAAAUAUAAGUAGGCAACUUUUACUAUGUAUUUACUCACCAAAUGAUAAUCAUUUGUGUGAUUUUUUGGAUAUUUUUUCUGCCAUUUCGUUUCAGUACAAAAUUGAUAACAUUUCGCUCUGUCUACUGUUCCCAGUUAUUAAAAAGGGAAUAAAUAACAUCAGGUUGGAUCUGAAGAAGAAGGCUUUGCAAAUUUUAUAUUUCCUAAUUUACUUGGUGAACGAUCAGUCCCUCUUCAUUAUUUACUAUGAUAGUAUUUUCAAAAUUUUAAUUGUUCUUUUGAAUGAUGCUAUUCCAGAGAUAAGAUUCCUUACGGCCAAAUCGGUUGGAAACAUUUGCUACUUCUUAGAUAUGAACAAGAAGCUGUACUACAUACAGUACAUUUUUAACAUCCUCAUUAAUACGGAAUCGUCGGUAGAGAAGAGCGGUGUCUCUUUAUGCCUAUCAUCUAUUCUGGCCAAGUGUUCAGAGACCAUUGCUGAAAACUUUAUAUCUACUGUUGUGCGUCUUAUCGAUGUGAAGAAAUACAUCGAGAUGAAGAAUAGGCAUGGGAAGAGAGCAAAACAAAUAGAGGAUAAGGUGAUUAAAGGUGGAAGGAAAGGAGGCUCUGGAAAAGGCUCCAAAUCGGUCGCAAAAGGAAAAGUCGCAAUUGAAUUCUCCAGUGAGGGGGAGGAGGACGACGACGACGAGGAUGGAGUGCAGUUCGUGGAUAGCGACAUGGAGGAGGGUGCGUAUUCGACCGGAGAGGCGGAGGAAGACUAUGACGACGAUGAGGAUGAUGAGGACGACGAUGAUGACGAAGAGGAAGACGAUGAUGAGGAAGGCGACCACGAGGACCAGAGCAGCGGAGACGAAAUAUACACCCUCUCAGACGAAAGCGAAGAUGAGGAUUUUGAAGCGGACGAAGAGGGUACGUCGUCCAAGGGGGGAAGGUACUACGAAGAGGAGGAAGAAGAUGACGAUGAUGAUGAUGACGACGAGACAGAGGAAGAGGACGAUUCGUUGACCGAAGAAGAAAGCGAUAGUGAUGAUGACGUAUUGAGCAAAAAUUCUGAAAAAAAGUCGACUUACUUGAAUGGACUGUACUUAAUAGAAAAGAACGAAGAUAAUGAUUAUCGCAUCCAGAUAGAUGACGAUUUGGCAAAUUGGAACCUGGUGUAUGAUAAGAAAAUUAUAAAAAAUGAUAACUCGAAGGAGGGACUCAUUGGCUUCUUCAUAUACAUCCCGGAAUGUGCCCCGAGAUAUACAGAGAAAUUUUUAAAAAAAAUAUUGCAAAAGUUGCUACUCUGCCUUAACGACACAAGUGAGAAAAUAAGGGACAUAGCCCUGAGGUCAUGUAAAGUGUUGAUCAGCAUAUUUUCCAGAGACAACACAUCACUCAUUUUGAAGUUCAUCGAAAAUAAGAUAUAUAAUAGCUACUGGAGAAUCAGGAAGGAUACGGUACUUUUGCUCAAUGUAUUGAUUGAGAAAAAUAUAGAAAUUAAUAAGGAAGAGAAGGACAUAGAAACAUUGAACUUGUUGCACGAGAGGUUUUACUUCAUGUUAUCGCUCAUAUGCAUUAUGAGAAAUGAUAAGAACAUAAAUGUGAGGCAAACCGCUUAUAGUAUUUAUAAAAACUACGUAAAUAAAAGAAUAUUACAGGAAAUGUGGCCAAUACUGCUAAAAAAGAUCACGCAGAACUUGUCCUCAAGGAGUACGUCAAAGCAAAUCAUCAGCGCGUCAGCAUUGAGCGAUUUAGUUUUCAAGACAGACUCAAAUAAUUUGGAGAGCAUAUUAGAAAAUAUGGUCAACGAGUUUAAAACGACAAAGUGUACCUCCAUCAGAAAAGGAAUCUCCCUCGGAUUUUGCGAAAUUUUUUCCCAAAAUAAGUACCAUAACUUUGUUGUUACACAUGUUCAUAAUAUUAUUUACAUGAUUAAAGAAUUGGCAAAUCAGAAAAAUACAGGAGAUCUAAUAAAAUCACUCUCCUUAUUGCUAAAAAAUAUUGACCAAGUAGUUUUGAAGGGCAUAAUUAAUGAUUUUGUUACUGACGUUAUGAUUGCCAGUGAAAAUAGAAAUAGCCUGAAAAAGUUUACUUCCAAGCAGUAUAUCAGUUUUAAGAGCAUUAAAAUCUUCCUAAAUGUGCACACAGAAUUGGUUAUUGAUAUUAUUGUGGACAAAGCCUUGGUACCUCCCUACAGUGCUGCGAAGAUGAAGCUCUUGUCCUACGUUUCGUACGCCAAGUUGAGCAAUUACACUGUCCUGUUUAGGAAACUUAUGCACAUUUUUAUUAAUUUGAUACUGGGCGGGCUGAGGGAAUUUAGGAGUCAUGGCUUUGACAUGAAAAACUACUCCGCGGUUGUAUCGUACAGCAUGGACGAUAAUGCACAGGAGGGAGGGGUAAAUGAGGUCGUUUCGAAGGAGGAGUUAAAAAUGGGAAAAUCCGACGAGGAAGAGGAGGUGGACGAUGAAGAAGAAGAGGAUGAUGAUGAAGACGAUGAUGAGGACGAAGAGGAUGAAGAAGAGGACAAUGGAGCCUUCCAAACGGAUAUGAAAAUACAAGACAUUAUAAUUUCCCUUAAGAGCUUCCUAAAAAAUAUAAGCGAUAGAAAUGUGGACACACUGACGGAGAUCCUCUUUGCCGAGCUGCGAAAAAACGAUGGCGAGGCUGAUUUGUCCUACGGAGGUUUGGAAAAAUUGGAAGACGAGGAAAAACGCCCAAAUGGAAACAAGGCGCAGGGCCAAAGCACAGAUUUGAGCUGCAUGCAUAAUUACGCCAAAAUAUGCAGCGCAGGCAAAUUAGCUGAACUGAAAAAAUUCGAAAGCACAAAGAGAAGUGGAAAAGUGAGGGAAAUAAUUCUGUCCAUUUUUAAGUACAUGUUGGAUAUCAUAAAUGAAGGGGAUAUCUGUGUACUGAAUAACGAAUGCCUGGCAGCACACAGUUCAAAUGCGACAGAGCCGAGCAGUAGCCGUAAUAAGGGAAAGAUACAACGAAAGAAACGGGUGCACAUACUACACUCGGAUAGAAUAAUUACGUACCUAAGUAAGAUAUCAAAGUAUGCACUAAUAGAUAUUAACAAGAAGGUAUUGGAAAUCGGGUCCAUCAUAUAUAUGUACCUAAUUGAGCUGAUAAAAAUGCUGGACAGUAACUACUGUUACGUGGAAACGGUCCAAGAUGUUAUAAAUAAGUACAGCAGUGAUAGCAAUUUGGCUCAAGUGCCAGAUGGGAAAUACGAAAUUGUAGGGUUAAAUAUGAACAAGAAAUUGUUCGCCUCAUUGGUAGGUAUGUGCACACAUGUAAUUCUCAUGUCGACAAAUCCAAAUGUGAAAAUCAAAGCAAUCGAUAUCGUAAGGAUGAUAUUCUUAUAUACCAAUAAAGAGGUGUCGAGUCCCCAAAUUCUGAAGGUAUCUGGAAUUCUAAUAAGAGUGUUAACGAAUAAAUAUAUUGAGCAAGCCAAAAUUUACAUCUUCUCAACAUUUGAAGUGUUAAUUAGGAAAGGUAGCAAUUUUAUUCGACCUUUAAUUCCCCAAUUGCAAACGUGCAUAAUAAAAUCUCUUAGCAAUGAAAAAUUGAAAAAUCAAAUUAUUCACAUUUUGAAUAUCAUUUCAGAGAAGAAGCUUUCCAGGGUAGAUUUGCUUAUUAAUGAUUUGCUGAACAAUAUUAAUAUACAGACAAAUCCCCAGCAGUCUAUAACGAUUUUUAUGAUUUUGUCCAACAUUUUAAGCAGUCCCGAUGUGAACAUAAAGAAUAUUUUGAACAAAAUUAUUAAUUCGGUAAAGUCAAAUUUGGUGCAUAGCAAUUUGAACAUAUCUUUUUACGCAUGCAAAAUUUAUGUGCUGUUAAUAUUUUUUCACUUGCCAAAUAAAAAGCAAUACUUGGAGUCUAUUCUUGUACCGGAAAAAGAGAGGGUUGAUUUUAGUACCUACUAUUUUGUUCUACACAUAAGUGAAAUAAGUAAUUUUUAUGACAUUCUGAAGAGGGAAAAUAUGAUGGAGUGUUUUAAGCAAGUGUAUGAAAAUAUAUUAAAGGAUGAAAUUAACAGUUUGCAAAACGUUUCCUACCAGAUAUUUUAUAAUAUGUCCAAGCAGGAUGAGGAGUGCAUUUCCUUUGUAUAUGGUUUGCUUCCAUAUUUGAAGCUACCCCCCAUGACAGUAAUUUCCGUGGAAAUUCACCGGUACUAUUUUAAGGGCCUGAGGAAUAUCUUUAAAAAAUACCCUGGCAUUUACAAGGAAAAUGAGCCCAUCUUUUUACUUAUAUUGGAUAACCUCCAACUAGCCCUAUCGAACACUGUUCAAGUGUUUAAGUCACUGGGAGAAAGGUGCGCAAAGCACGUUCUCGAAAUAAAUGACGAACCUCAACAUAAAGCCAAAAUGAAUUUCCUAAAAGACCACAUGGAAGGGACAAAAUAUAAUCUACUGCUUGAACAGGUAAAUCGACUUUUGGCGAAGAAGCAUAACAUAAAAUCGGACUCGGAAUAA